AUGGACAUCAGCAGAGAUAUUGGGACGUAUAUGCUUCAGGGAUGGAUUUUGACAAAUGAUGCCUGUCCCAAAUGUAUUUACCCCCUCAUGCGGUCCCCAGCUGCGCGCUCCCCACCGGAAACGUUCUGCGUUAAUUGUGAUGGAGGACCCACCGGGAGCUCAAGUAGCCAACCAAUAAUUGCUCAAGCAUCAGAAGAGGCUUCUGCGCAUGCUGAAUCGGCAUCAAGCAGUAGUCAUCGGUCGCGUGCGUCUACCCCUCCCACAGAAGUAUCUGAACCUCCACACAAUGCCGGGGAUGAUUUCGAUCCACUGCCACCACCUUCAGAAGAAGUUCUUCAGCGUAGGGCCCAAUCGGAUUAUGCUUCCGCAGAAAUUGGAAAACUCCUUUUGAGAGGAUAUGCAAUGCUUGCGGACGAAUGCCCUAAUCUGACGUGCUAUGGUGUGCCACUUGUGCGGCCGCCCAAAACCCCAGACGGUGGACCAAGUGCCAAUAAGGUAUGA